CAUCUCUAUUAGUUUCUCUACCUCUCUCUGUGAGACAAUAAACAAUCCCAAGCGCACGGCAGUUGAUUUAUCUAGUGCUUAAGUUCUCCGUAUCCACUUGUCUAGGUUUUAUUUGAGUGUCAGCUGCGCUAGCAACUGCACGCGCCAAACGCACACGCUGUCCAAUCCGUUGACAACUCCAUUGCGAAUGCAUUUCGAAUUACGAUCCGCGCAUCCAUUUGAUCUGAGAAAUCACGUUUCACUGAUAUUUACGACUUGUAUCGUUGUCGUCGCGCCUUCAUCGUAACUUCCGCGUGUGUGUGCCUCGCAGGCUAUAUAAGGAACAACUCCAUCAAAAUGAUAUUCGGUCGCUGCACACGCAAGCAAAUACUCACAAUGAGUGCCUUGGCUGCUGGCGCUGUCUUGGCAAUCGUUGCCAUCAUUGUGUUCAACAACCGGGCGGAGGCCAAGCUGCCGCCCUGGGCUCAGCCCAACAGAUUGAACAAGUGCCUCAAAACACGGCCAAACACAACAGAAUCGACGCUGGAACUGGUGCAUAUUGUGUUCAGACAUGGCAUACGCACACCUGUCGACACCUUUCCCAACGAUCCUUAUAUCAAGGACAGCUUUAAGCCCACUGGCUGGGGGCAUGUGACUAAUCGCGGCAAGAAAGAGUUAUUCGACAUGGGUCGUUGGCUGCAUCGGCGCUAUGGCGACUUUAUGGGUCCCUUUUACAGACCUGACCGCCUACACGCGCAAUCAACAGCCUCGCCGAGAGCCAUGAUGUCGCUGCAAACUACACUGGCCAGCAUGUUUGAGCCGCGCGGCACGCCCAUGGAGUGGAAUAAGCAGCUCAACUGGCAGCCCAUACCCAUUCUGUCAGAGCCACUGGAUCAGGACUCGCUGCUGCUUGUGCGCACGCCUUGCCCGCGCUACUUCGAGGCACGGGAUGAGGUGUUCGAGCUGCCCGAAGUAAUAGCUCAGCAGGCGCCCUAUGCAGAUAUGCUGCGAGAGCUGAGCAAUCUGACGGGCAUGGCCAUGCGCAAUGCCGAGGAUGUCAACUCCUUGUAUAUAACUCUGCUAGCCGAACAGGAGUUUGGCUAUAAGUUGCCCGACUGGGCCAAGGACUACUUUCCAGAGCGCAUGCAAUUCCUGGCCGAGCAGAGCUAUAUCUACAAUGCGUAUACGCCCGAGAUGCAGAAGAUCAAGGGCGGCCCCUUCCUGCGUAAAAUGUACGACGAGAUGCUGGCAAAGCAGGCGGGCACCCUGAAACCCAAGGAACGCGGCAUGUUCAUCUAUACGGGCCACGACUGGACGGUGGGCAAUAUACUCUCCGCCCUGGGUCUCUGGAAACGUCAGAUGCCGCGCUUCGCCGUGAUGGCCAUAUUUGAAACGCAUCGAAACCUCAAAACAGGGGAAUACUAUGUGGAGAUCUUCUUGCGCAACGAUGAAUUUGGCUGCCUGGAGCAGUUGAAGCUGGCCGACUGCGAGCUGCAAUGUCCACUGAAUCGCCUCGUCGAGCUGAGCGAAUCGGUGCUGCCCAAUGAGCCCAUGGAGCAGCGUUGUCGCGCUCGUAACGCCAAUUUUGUGGAACCGCCGCCACGCAAAAUCGAUCAGUAACAAAAUUUCUGAGAAAUCAUCGCAGAGCGCUCAGUAUUCAGUAUUAGAUGAUGAAAGCUGGUCAUGCAUUCAGAGGGCAAUAAAUACAAAAUCGAAAUAAACUACAUACAAAAACCCCAAAAAGAAAUCAAAU